AUGGGUAAUUCUGUUCAGCACAAAAGAAGAAAUCCAGCAAAUUGUUUAGGUUGUAUGGGAUAAGAUAAUGAGGGUUUUGAUUUGAAUGAACUUCAAAUAGGACUAGAUGUAGAUAAGGCUAGAGGUUUUUUGGAGUAUAUAAUAUUUAGGUAGAAUCACCUAACAAUCAACUGCUUACUUGACUGAAAAUGAAAAGAACUUUUUUAAAGCAGCAUCAGGUAGAAAUUUAGGUUUGAUACGCUUUUACCUCAGUAAAGGAAUCAACAUAAACAUAUUGGAUGAGGAUCGAACAUCACCAUUGUAGAUAUUGACAUAAUCUUAAUAGACACAUAGCUUGUAGAUAUGGUUCAAUAUAGGUUGUUGAAGAACUCAUUAAUAACAAUGCUAAUUUAGACAUUACUGAUAUGGCAGGCUGGACUCGUAUGUUAUAUAUCAAUUAAUUUAAGCAUUACAUGUGGCAGCAUUUUAUUAAAGAGCUUAAGUUUGUUAAUUACUAUUGAAAUCAGGAGCUGAUUUUAGAACAAGAAAUCGUGAUGGGAAUUUAGCUUAAGAUUUAGUGAGAGAUAAAAUGACAUCAGAAAUAUUCAAACAAUCAUAAGAUUAAUUAUAACAUAAUAGUGAAAGAUAAGCUAAGAAAUAUGAUCCAGCUUAACGUCAAUAUGAAGAAUACUUUUAAUUACUUAAAUUAAAACGAUAGUAUAUAAGAAAAUUAUUAAAAAUAGAAAAAAUAAUGAAUGCAGCAGUUUCUGUGAAAAAGUAUCACAAAGUAAAAUGGUUAGUCCUAAUUCUACUCCAAAAAAGUCUAAAUUGAGUGAGAAAGAAAACUUAGGCAUUUAAGAAUCUUUAUCAAAAUCUAAUAUCUCAGAGUAAGAAUAAAAAGAAGUAAUUGAUUUUAAUAAAGAACUUGGAUCAAAAAUAAAUAGGAAUUUAAUUUCUCCUUGCAAUUCAAUUCCUCGAUUCUUUGAUGAUAUGGUACUUAAUUAUUAUAGAUUAUUAAGGUUUCGUUAGGUUAAUUAGUUUUAUGGUAAAAUAAAUCUAGAGAGAGAACUACUUUCACUGAUUAGGUAAAAUUCAUUAAACAUGAUUAUAAUACAGAGAAUCUUGCUAUAGAUUUAUUUAAUCAUUCAUACUUUAUGGGAAUAUCAUAUAUGAUUUCUACUUAAAUUAUUAGACCUACUCCUUAAUCAAUUAUCAAUUGGUUAUUUAAUAAUAUUGAAUAAAAAAAUAAGAUCUAAAUAUCUAAGUAAAUCUUUAUUUAAUGAUUUAUAGAUUAUUGACAAAUUUGAAUUUGUAAGAAUAAUAUUAAAUUUUAAAAUUGUUUGUGGAUAGAGUUGUUAUAAAUCAAAAUUUAAUUAAUUCCUUACAUAAUUUAUUUAAUAAAUUAUUAAUUUAAAAUGAUCCAUAUUUACUUGAUAUUUUAGUGAAAGAAUUUAGUAGAAGAUAUUAUGAAUUGAAUUUCAAUUCUAAAAGUUAAUCAUUUCCCUUUAAAUCUGAAGAUUCUUUACAUAUGUUUUGUUUUGCACUUGUAAUACUUGAUAUAGAAAGUACAAAAUAUGAUAAAGAUAAUGCAUUCAAAAACUUUUUUUAGAACAUUUAAACCAUUAAUAAUGGUGAUAAUUUUAACUCUAAAUUCAUUUCUGAAAUAAUUGAAUAAUUAUAAUCUAAACCUAUUGUAAAUUUAUUGGAUUAAUCAAUUGAUGAAUUAUUAAGUACUAAAUUAAGCACAUAUUGUAAUCCUAUAAAUUUAAUUAAACAAAAACAAGUAUUAUAUUUGAUAUUAUUUAGACUCACAAUGUUAAUUGGAAAUUAUAUUCAAUAGGUGAUGCAUAUCUACUAACUUCUGAUGGAUAUUUAAAGAUAUUUGAGAAAUCUAAUAGUUAAAUACAAAAAUAGAAUAAUGAAAUACUAAUAACAGGAAAAUAGAACAAAUAGUUGUUGUAUGUUAUAUGCAAAGAUGAAUAAACAUUUAUAUUUAAAUAGAGAAACAUGAAGUUUAAACUAACAAAUUUAAAUGAUACUUUUUGA